AUGAGUUCAUCCGUCUGCAAGUUCAACCUCAGCGGUUCAUGUCGCAAUGGCAAGCUAUGUUCCUUUAGCCAUCAAAGGACUGUACCGCGUCAGAACGCCGCAAAAAAAGUCGCAUGCAGAUACUUUCCUAAGGGAACGUGCGCGUACGGUGAUCAGUGUUCACGAGCUCAUGUCCUUCCCGAGUCUGAUGCAGACCAGACGAAACGGGGCGGCAAGCCAGUCAGAGCCAGCAAUCGCGGCAAUGACGGUGAUGCGCCUGCCAAUACUGGUUCAACGAACUACAACCGUGUUGUGGACGCGUUGAAUAGCCAGUCAGAAUACCUUGAUGAUGCAACGUCCAAUCAUGAAAGGCAGGAUGAUGAUGAGAGCAAUGUCAAUCCCAAUGAGGAAAGUCAUCCACAGCCUCUCUCAUCCGUUCCACCGUCCCGAGACACCUUUAAUUCAUCCGAUGAGGAAAAGCCACAAUGCGUCUUCUUUCUGCAAGGGGUGUGCGAAUCUGGCGAUACAUGCGUUUUCCUCCAUUCGGUUCCUGGCAAGUCUCACACAGAUGUAGUGCAUGGUGAGUGGUCAUCAUUCCGACCAAUUAGACCUCAAUAUAGUAGAACAAUUUUAGGGCCAAAUAAAAGCGAAUCCACCCGGGCAGUAUGCCAGUAUUUUCAACGCGGAUUUUGUCGGUUAAAAGACAAGUGCAAGAACAUACAUGAAUCGCCGAACAAAGCGUCGAAGGGCUCUAAUCAACCCUCUGAAUCUGACUCGUCGCCCGCUUCCGGUAUCCAGAGCCCCGUUUUCGGGAAUAAGGUCCUCCAAGCGUAUUCCAGCGCCAGCGACACACAAAUGCAAACCCCCACCGGUCAUGGCGAUUACAUACAUCAAUGGGAGGAUGACCAGGAGAAAGGAAGCCAGUUUGACGAGGAGGAGGAGGAGUGGGAAGGCGAACAGGAUGCUGAAGAAGUUUUGAAAGAUCCACCUCAGAUUUAUCAUCGCGCAGAAAUUCCUCUGGACAGUAAUGGGACCAUUAUGAACCAGAAUGAAGAUGUAUCUGGACAGUGGAAAGGAUCUUUCUCCAACACCGGAAGGUCAUCACCGGAUAUUUCUCAAGGUCUGGAGCAGAAGUCCGAACAAGAACCUGUCCAGUCGGGUGACUCUCGCAAACGCAAAAGGCCCGGUAGCUAUUAUGGAGAAGGAUGGUCAGAGGAGGAGGUUGGAUCACCUCGGUGGCCGAUACCAACUGCAACCAGUCAAAUUCCCGAGGAAAACAUCCCAAUACCGACACAACCUGUAUACCCACAUAUCUCGGAGGUCAAACCGCAUUGGUCACAAUUCGCGGAUCCAUACGCAGAUCCUAAGGUACCCUUUUGUAAAUUCCAUGCCCAAGGGCAAUGUACACAGGGUUUUACCUGCAAAUUCCGUCACUCCCUCACACCUCACGAAUAUACCACUCUUUUUCACGAUCAGCAGCCUAACUUGUGGACUUUGAAAAGAAACUCGCUAAAUGACAAUGUUGCUCCCACCACAAUUGCGCGCACUACCCAUGCAUAUGAACUUUCGACUUCUUUUGUUCAACCACCUUUUGGAGCGCCCUCUCUUACCCCGAGACCGUCUGCGUCUACUUCGCGCCAGGAAUGUCUUUUCUACCCCCGCGGAAAAUGUCAGAAUGGUGAAAAUUGCCCAUUUAAGCACAUUGGGCCACCACCUCCUACAAUCCCUGCUCCGAAAUCAGAGCCGGAUGAUUCGAAGCCUUACAAAUCCUCGAUUAAUUACAAUUCAAAAGUCUGCAAGUAUUUUGCGAAUGGGCGCUGCAAAAUGGGCUCUGACUGCAAAUUCGUACAUGAAGAAGUUGACAGUAAUCAUGAAAAGGAAUCAGAGGAGUUGGACCAACGUGAGUCAGCAACCAAACAAGCUGAUGCCGACAACGGAUGGGGGAGACCAUGGGACGAAACACCCAAUGAUGCCGAUUGGAAUGACAAUCCAAUUGAAGGUAUCAAGUGGGACGCCCCUCCAGAUCUCAGUGGAUGGGACAUAACUAGCACGAGCGAUAAUAAGCUGGAGAAGCAGACAUGCAAUCAAUUCACCAAGUAUGGCACCUGUCGCUUCCAAGACAGCUGCAAAUUUGCUCAUGAUGUAGAACCCAACGAGUCGACCCCUACCAUCGAGGAGAAGAAAACCCCAGUUGAAACCCUUCAACACUCUGACAAUGAUGAAGGCUACUCGCCACCUGGGACUAGAACUGAUUCUCCUGUAUCGCUAUGCCCGUACUUCUUCAAGGGACGGUGUAAAAACGAAGAAAUUUGCGAAUUCAGCCACGGCAACCCCCAACCGCACUUAAAUCAGGCACGGCUUAAUCAAACAGUCAGCGAACGCUCCAUUACACCUGGGCAAUCGAAUGAUCACGAAGAAGUAGAAAAUGGCGAGGAAGAAGAGCAAGAAGAGCAGCAGAAAGAGGAAGAGGAAGAGGAACUACAGGACAAUGAACGCCAGGCAGAUGUGGAGCAGGAGCAAUUGGUGGUAGCCGAAGAAAUUUCCAAUGACGCACCUAUGCAGGUGGCUAAGGUGCAAAGCAAGAUUCUGAAACCAUGUCGAUACUUCAUUCAGGGCCAUUGUAAAGAUGGAUUGAACUGCAGAUUCGCACAUGAUAACGCCUCUGGGGAUAUUCCAGAUGAAAUAAAGCCGAAUGACAAUGAUAUUAUUGAAGAAUCUGGCGAAACUGCACAUCUUGAAGCCAGCGCUGUCGGGGCUGGUGGUACCAAUGAACAGUUCACCGUCGACUCCGGUAGAAUCGACCAGGAUGAAUUCCCAGACCAAGCCCUAGAACCUAUAUUUUUCGAUCAUCCGCUUGUUACCCGCCUUCUUUUAAGCUGUGAGGUCACUGUCGGACCAGAUUCGGCCCCUUCUCAAAUCACAACGAUGUCGGACUCCACCAAAAUUAUCUUAUCAGACCUCCCUGACUCAGCCAACGCUCAGGGUAUUCGUGAAUUUUGCAGCACAUUUGGUCAAGUCAACAAUGCUGUCAACAUCAACACAACUUCUAUCACCCCCGUGUUCCAAGUAGAGUUCGCAGAGAUAUCUCACGCCAUCAGAGCGGCCAAAUCGAUAGGAAAACACUUGUACCACGGAAAGAAAAUAAUAGCAACAUUAAAGGCUAGGGUGCCUUUAACUAUUACAGAUGCCAAUGACCAAUUAGUCCUCAAAGUUUCAUGGCCCAACCCAAGCCAGAGCGCAUGGAGCCAUUAUCCAACAAUCACUAAAGCAAAGCAAGAGGCAGCUCGCCUCAAUAACAUAACCUUCAGGGGGAGGACCAUUAAAGCAACCUUUGUUACACCUCAUCGUAGCCAAAAGGACUUAUUUGCAAUCAAAAUCGACAGAUUGCCUGUGGACGUUACGAAGGCAGAACUCGAACAAAUCUGUACCAACACUACUCUCGUCACCCUCAAUCAACCAACUUACACCGAAGACUCGAGUAAUGCCAUUCGUUCCGCUCUUGAUGAAUGCGGCGGCCUGGAAACCUUUGACCCUCUCGCAGGAAACAGCGAAAGAGCGAUUGCUGUUGCCUUCGCGAUAUUUCAAAGUGAUUCCAUGGCGAAGGCUGCCAUGAAGUCUCUAGACUCACAAGAGCAGAACUAUCUGGGAAAUCAAUCCGUAACUCUUCGACCGGUUUACUACUCUCGAUAUCGAGUUCUCCGUGAUCAACUGGAGGCUAUCCAGAAUGAAUUGUACCAGAUACAGGCAGAAUCUGACAGACGGUGCUCAGUUCAGAUCGAUGACCAUCACGAUACUACUCUGGCUUGGAUCCGAAUGUACGCCUCUCCGGAGGUCGGCCCUAGGUUUCAUGCAGAACUGAAAGACCUUGUCAGUGGUACAAUCCUCAAGGCCGAGAAUGGUUGUGACCUCUGGGAUGACUACUUUGAAUUGUCCAGCAGCUCUAAAGCUCUCAAGCAGAUCAACAAUGCAUUUAUCCAUCGUGAUCUUCGCACCAAACAAUUGAAGGCUUAUGGAUCCCUCAGCGAGCGAGAUGAAGCACAAAAAUUAAUCCUUAAACUUCUAUCCAAGGUUCAUUCCCAAAGACACCAAAUCACGCUCCCCCGACCGAAAUUGAAACCUUUAAUCAAUGGGUCCCUUGCAAUUUUAAAGACAGAGCUAGGCUUCAACAAAGUCUCUCUGGACGUCAUCAAAUCUACUCUUAUUGUUCGAGGGUCGUCAGACGACGUUUCAAAGGCACACGCUAUUCUUGAUUCCUUGAAUCCUAACCCUUCUUCGUCCUCUAAACAUACAAGUUGCCAAAUAUGUCUGCACACACCUACACCUGACGAUUCUAUCGGCAUGGACCUUUACAGUGCAUCUCACAUCUGGCAUCAGAUAACUCCAGCGAAAGAUGCCCUGCGCAUGUUCCAUACGCCGUAA